AUGUCUUCAUUCAGAUUGGAUCCGGUGACCCUCAGCACUACCGAUGCAGGCGUCGAGCCGAUUGUACCCAGGAGGCCCGGCGAACCUUGCGACGGAACUUACGCGGCUCGAUGUGACACUACCAUCACUACACAUUGGAAAAUUGGUCUUUUAGCUGAAGUCGAGUUCCAGGCAUCAGACGACCUGCCGGAUACAGAUCGAGUGUGGCGAGAGGAGUCGUUGCGGGCGCUGGUCCGCGCCUUUAAUGAGAUACGCAAAUGGCAUCCUGAGGUCGGGGCCCUGUACGGGACGACCACCCGAACGGAUGCAAACGAAUUUCAGCUAUAUCGUCAGCAGAAGCCACGUCCCAACCAGCUCGGCUAUCAGGUUGACUUGUUUACAUUCGAAGGACAGGAGACAUUUCCGGAUCCAGGUGUCUCCGAUCCCACCAGCCCUGUUCGACGGUGGUAUUGGGGAAUCAUCCAUCAAAUUUCCUGGGAGAAGUAUGGAUUUACAACAAAGGAAGCAACCGAGGAUUGGGGAGGUUGGGAUGUAUCAGAAUCCCGACUUAAAUUCCAGGAACUGCUAUCUGAAUAUCUCAACGCGGAGACCCUUCAGCAGCAGUUGAAAGUGCUCGUUACUCCAGCAGCAAAUGAGGAUCGGGAUGAUGCCGAGUGA